AUGGUGGCCGGGCGGUCAAAAAGACAGAGGCGAGUGGCAGCUACGGCAACAGCUUUGGCUUCGGCCACUAAUGCUGCGACCCCUGCCUUGCGGCAUAGCUCUCGACAGAUUGAAGAAUUUACGCAGCAGCUGAUGGAUGCCAUGACUCAUGCGAGCAUGCCUGCGGUGUGCGUGCUGCAGCCUUCCACGAGUUCCUCGGAGGAACGAGAGGAGGAGGGGAACAGACCAAGCCACUCCAACUCGCCUGUGGCUGCACCGGCUUUCGACGAGCACAAUUUUGUCAAAAUAACAGCUACGUCCCCACCGAGGUUUUUGCAGGGCGGGACGAAAUCGAGUCUGACUGCGGAGCGCAGCCUACGUGGUCGUGAAGCACGAUUGACUCCAAGGAAAUCUGUGAGUCAUCCGGGUCAUGGCACCCCGUUGAGAGCCAGUUCUAUUCAGACUGUCUGUGCUCACAAUAAUAGUAAUAAUCCCAUUGGGCCAGGUGAUGUGUCGCGUACGGAGGCAGAGGUACUGCAGCAACACGGUCCAUUAUCACAACUCAACAGUCUCUAUGCAGUGCGGGAAGGAGACGAUACUGGAAGCAGCACCAGCAGCCACAACAGUACAGUGGAUGACGUAAAUGAUCCAGGGGGAAAAGAAGUGGGGGAGGGGGAGAGAAAAAGACGUGUUUAUUGUCGACGAAGGGAGCUGUUAGAGAUCCCAGCAGGGAGUCUUUCCUUGUACACUCGCUUGGCAGAAUGCGGUGUCAAUGCUUUAGACCGCCCGUUUGCUACUUGCGUUGUUAGACGGGCCCAAGGGGUUAUGGAGGCAUGGGCCUCGGGCUUCUUGUAG